UCGCCCAUGGUUUGAUUUAAGAACUAGAUUGGUUUUCCGAUAUCCAGAUUGGAACCGCAAAUCUCUCUCUAUCUGAAUCCUCCGAUGAUUCAGAGUUCGCUGUUAGUUCGGCAAAUCUUUAAUCACUCAAGUCGACCUUCAAUCUGAUGCCAAAAUACACCACAUGUAGAUUCUUUUCCAGACGAAGAUCCCCUUUCUAACUCGAUCGUUUGAUUUCAAAGGAAACCCAGUUGUAGAAACAUAUCAGAAUUACAAAUUCAAUCUUUGAUUUGGGUCUUCGAAAUGGUGUCUGUCAAUCUUGGGAUGCUUCAUUAUGUUUUGGAUCAUAUAUAUGGUGCAUUUGUUCACAGGACAAAUAUAAGCCCUCCUUUUUUUUCAAGAGGGUGGGGUGGAAAUAAGCUUGAGCUUCUAGAGAAAUUGAUCAAUCAGCUUUUCCCAGAAAUUGAAGGUCAGAACUGGCCUCCCCAUUUGGUUCAACCUAUCUGGAAAAAUGUAUGGGAAUCUAAAACUGCAAUCUUGAGAGAAGGCGUUUUCAGGACGCCUUGUGAUGAUCAGCUUCUCAGUGCUUUGCCUCACGAGAGUCAUAUUGCUAGGGUUGCUUUCCUUUCCCCCAAAUGUGUCCCUCCCCAGAAUAUGGCCUGCGUUGUCCAUCUUGCUGGAACAGGAGAUCAUACCUUUGAGAGGAGAUUGCGUCUUGGAGGACCAUUGAUUAAGGAAAACAUUGCAACUAUGGUUCUUGAGAGUCCUUUCUAUGGGCAGAGGCGUCCAAUGCUUCAGCGAGGUGCAAAGCUCUUGUGUGUUAGCGACUUGCUAUUGUUAGGAAGGGUUACCAUUGAAGAGGCACGAAGCCUAUUGCAUUGGCUUGACUUUGAGGCUGGGUUUGGCAAAAUGGGUAUUUGUGGUCUUAGCAUGGGUGGAGUUCAUGCUGCUAUGGUUGGAUCACUGCACCCUACACCUAUAGCAACGCUCCCAUUUCUGUCUCCACACUCGGCUGUUGUUGCAUUCUGCGAAGGGAUAUUGAAGUAUGGCACGGCCUGGGAUGCCCUGAGAGAUGAUCUAGGCUUGGAAAAGACUGAAAUAACACUCGAGGAAGUGAGAGAAAGGAUGAGGAAUGUUUUGUCUCUCACGGAUGUCACUCGCUUUCCCAUUCCCAAAAAUCCUGAUGCAGUUAUACUUGUUGCUGCUACUGAUGAUGGAUACAUUCCAAAGCAUUCGGUGUUGGAGUUUCAAAGAGCAUGGCCGGGAUCAGAGGUGAGAUGGGUAACGGGUGGGCAUGUUUCGUCAUUCAUUCUUCAUAAUGGUGAAUUCAGAAGGGCAAUUGUUGAUGGGCUUAAUAGAUUGCAAUGGAAAGAGACGAUUUCUAGUUCUCCACCCUUGUGAGGAAAAUAGUUUUUGUUAGUUUAUUUCAUUUACAUAAUUUUUUGACAGAAAAUGAUUAAAUUUGAUUGCAAAGAAUCUAAUAAUCUUGGAUCAUCCCCAAGGUUCAGUACAAGGGCUACAUGGCCAAUUUGAUCUAAGUGUACCAUUUUUAUUUUGCUUUUGAGCUGCACAAACUUCUGGAUUGUCCAAAAGUGUUAGAUUUGAUCCUUCAAGGGUAUUUGAAAUUGUCUUUCUUUUUACAUUUAUUCAUGAAUCAUAUCAAUUG